CCCUGUUCCUGCGAACUAAAUGGGGCCUUAGAGUUGUGCACCAAGCCACCAACUGGUACUACUCUGGUUUUUAUACGGAUCGAACGGUUAAGGUAUGUUCCUUUUAGGCUCGUUGUUUUCUUCCCCAACUGACAGAGAUGGAAGCUUUCUGGACGAAAUGCUCUGCAAGAGCACUCCUGCUAGGAGAGAAACCUUUGAAGAAUAUUAAGCUAUCGAAAUCGAUUGUAUGCUCUUCCAUGGCGGUUCAUACAGAUGGAGGAUCACAUAGGAAGGCUUAUGAUGCAUUGUUAUUGGAUGCCGGGGGUACCCUUCUGCAGUUGGCAAAGCCUGUUGAGGAGACGUACGGGGCUAUCGGGAGGAAAUAUGGUUUGAGUGUGACAGUGGCAGAAAUAAAGCAAGGAUUCAGGAGAGCCUUUGCGGCCCCAUGGCCUGAAAAGCUUCGAUAUCAGGGAGAUGGGCGGCCAUUUUGGAAGUCCAUUGUUUCUGAAGCUACUGGUUGCUCCAAUAAUGACUAUUUUGAAGAAGUAUAUGAGUAUUUUGCAAAUGGUGAUGCAUGGAAACUUCCCAGUGGAGCUUUUGAAACAAUGUGCCUACUGAAAGAUGCUGGAGUUAAAUUGGUCGUUGUGUCCAACUUUGACACCCGCUUAAGGAAGCUAUUGAAGGACCUCAAUGUUGCAGAUCUGUUUGAUGCCAUUAUCAUAUCUUCAGAGGUUGGAUAUGAAAAACCAGAUCCAGAGAUCUUCAGAGCUGCCUUAGACCAUAUCAAUGUGGAGGCUGACAAAGUAGUACAUAUUGGAGAUGAUCAAAGGGCAGAUAAGGUGGGAGCCAAUUCCAUAGGAAUUGAUUGCUGGUUGUGGGGAUCAGAUGUGAAGUCAUUUGCAGAGAUACAAGAUCGAAUUCUCAGAUAAAAUUCAUGGGUUCCACAGAACAAAGGGGUCAGGAUCUGUUGAGAUGCAGCUUGCCUCAGAAAUUGGCCAUUAGAAUCCCUCAAAAUGGGCAUUAUGGGCGUCUAGAAAAGCAUCUCAGGCAUAUGAUAGCUCCAAGUUGGAAAGGGAACUUUGCAGCAUUGAUCUUAACUACAAGGUUCUAUACAAGUCGCUGGUGUCCUUGUCUUAAUCUUUUGGCUGAAAAAAGAACAAAUGUGUCUAAUUUGUCAAAGGGCUCUUGCUGCAAACCCUAUUUUUAUGCACUAAAAUUCAAAUAACAAUGGUAACAAAUAGUUUUUACCAAAACAAGAAACAUGUAAAAUAGCCGAAUAGGAUUAAAGUGUAGAAGAUUAUUGGGCUAUAGA